GCACAAGCAGCUCACCGCGCAAGGAGCCAAUCCCUGUUGGCAAGACGUGAACGUCGACUGCAAGCGCAGGAAGAGGAGGCAGCGCUGCCUCCUCCUGCGCCCGAGCCCCCGGAAGCCCCGGCGCCACGGCAACCGCUUCGUCCGACAGCAGAGAUCGAAGGACGGUCUGAUUGGGGCCUCUUCGACCGGCAAUGUGUGGACCACACGGAUUUCAAGGAGUUUACCUACAACUGCGAUGGCCACAAGUUGCAUCUCCGCCGGACGCCUGCUUCGCCUCGGAUCUCUGCCGCCGCAGAAGCCCUGACAUGCUGGGCGCUCCGCCACCCACGAUGCUUUCGCCGGCGCCGCGUCUUGGAAGUGGGUGCCGGCCAAGGCCUUCCUGGCCUGAUCAUUGCUGCC